AUGAUGUUCGACCUUGAUGAGGAGAUUGACCCGUUGGAAACGCCGGUCAAGGCGCCGAACCCCUUCAGGUUCUCCCCCGACCUGAUCGAGCGCCACGAGCGGUACCUGGCCUCGACCGACAACUUUGAGCACAAUGAGUCGCCGACCACGUUUCAGAAAUCCCUGGUCUUGAGCGCCACCUCAACGCUCGAGGUGCAGAUCACCGACUCCGAUGAGGACGAGUCGCCGAAUGCUGAGGCUCAACGAAAGCUGUGCCUGUGCGCCUCCCUCAACCCAGAAUUCAGCCAAGAGGCCGGACAGCGACUGCGGAAGGGGUCGUACAUCUCGUUCCCCUACCACACACAUCAGAUAACCGACGACUACAAGGUGUCCGCUGAGAUCAUCGGCAUCGGCGAGUCGGGCAAAGUGAUGGCCUGCUACAACCUCGUCGACGGCACCAAGUACGCCCUGAAGGUCCUUCGCGACUCCCCGAAGGCGAGGCGCGAGGUGGAGCUGCACUAUUUGACGUCAAGCCACGAAAACGUCGUCACGAUCCAUGACAUCUACGAGAACACGUUCGAUGGGUUGAAAUGUUUGCUGAUCGUCAUCGAGUUCUUGGAAGGAGGAGAUUUGCUGUCACAAUUCGAAGGCCAGGGGAGCAAGCCGUAUUCGGAGAAGAAAAUCGCCGAAAUCCUCCGUCAAAUCGGCAGCGCCGUCCAGUUCCUCCACGACAUGAACAUUGCGCAUCGGGACAUUAAGCUGGAGAACAUUUUGUGCAGCUCAACCGGCCCGGAUUGCGUCUACAAACUCGGUGACUACUGGUUCGCCAAGCGGCCGGAACGUAAUGUCCUGAUGGAGUCGCCGUGCUGUACGCCGUAUUAUGCG